GCGCCAGGCCCAGGGCGCAGAGGCCGGCAUCUCACGCGCGACCGCGCGAGGCCGAGCCCCUCCCUCCCCUUCCCGUCCUCUCUCUUCCCCUCCACCUCCCGUCCCCUCCCGGUCCCCGCCACCCAGCCGGGCAGCCAAUCGGAGCUGGGAUCCCGCCCCGGUCCGCAAAGCCGGCGGCGCCCGGAGGCUGCACGGAGAGCGGUGCACGGGUCAGUGACCAAAGGAAGAGACCAAGAUGAAUACAGAGCCCGAGAGGAAGUUUGGAGUGGUGGUGGUUGGUGUUGGCAGAGCCGGCUCCGUGCGGAUGAGGGACUUGCGGAAUCCACACCCUUCCUCAGCGUUCCUGAACCUGAUCGGCUUUGUGUCCAGACGGGAGCUUGGGAGCAUUGAUGGAGUCCAGCAGAUUUCUUUGGAGGAUGCUCUUUCCAGCCAAGAGGUGGAAGUCGCCUAUAUCUGCAGUGAGAGCUCCAGCCAUGAGGACUACAUCAGGCAGUUCCUUAAUGCUGGCAAGCAUGUCCUUGUGGAAUACCCCAUGACACUGUCGUUGGUGGCAGCUCAGGAACUAUGGGAGCUGGCUGAGCAGAAAGGCAAAGUCUUGCACGAGGAGCAUGUUGAACUCUUGAUGGAGGAAUUCGCAUUUCUAAAAAAAGAAGUGGUGGGGAAAGACCUGCUGAAAGGGUCGCUCCUCUUCACAGCUGGCCCGUUGGAAGAAGAGCGGUUUGGCUUCCCCGCAUUCAGCGGCAUCUCUCGCCUGACCUGGCUGGUCUCCCUCUUUGGGGAGCUUUCUCUUGUGUCUGCUACUUUGGAAGAGCGAAAGGAAGAUCAGUAUAUGAAAAUGACAGUAUGCCUGGAGACAGAGAAGAAAAGUCCACUGACAUGGAUUGAAGAAAAAGGGCCUGGUCUAAAACGAAACAGAUAUUUAAGCUUCCAUUUCAAGUCUGGGUCCCUGGAGAAUGUGCCAAAUGUAGGAAUAAAUAAGAACAUAUUUCUGAAAGAUCAAAAUAUAUUUGUCCAGAAACUCUUGGGCCAGUUCUCUGAGAAGGAACUGGCUGCUGAAAAGAAACGCAUCCUGCACUGCCUGGGGCUUGCGGAAGAAAUCCGGAAAUACUGUUCAAGGAAGUGAGAGCGGGCAAUGCCACACUUCCAAGAUGGCACCAGAGUCUGGUUCUUCUCAAGAGUUGAUCAUCAUCUCUAUUCUUACAAUUAAACGUGGUGGAAACA